UAUAAUCAAAUAAAAGCUACUAGAACACGUGCUGUAAAAUUUCCAAAAUGAGUAAGAAACAAACAAAAGCAAACACUCAAGCUCCACAGUCCUUAUGUGGUUAUAUUCAUGCAGUGACUCCUGUCACACUAUCCAGAUGAAAUUUCAAAUACUUCAAUGCAACCUUCCAAACACAAAGGGAUGUGUUUCACCACACAGUCAUUUUUGCAGCAGAGCAACAUAUCAUGUGGUCCACCACAGCAAAAAAUGGCACGGCAGUCAAGCUGACAAACACAACAAACAAACCAGACCCCAACAGCAAAAGCUUUUCCAUUCACUGUGAUAGAAACACCGUAAUGGAAGUUAUAGAUGUGAACUUUCCACAUAAACCUCCAAUCGAAACACAGCUGAUGUAUGUUGAAGACAUCAAAUUGUUGGGUCCAAAGCAACAUGUGACCAAACUUCAGGCAACUGUGGUGAAGGUAAACCCACCAACAACAGUCAAUGCCUGGGACACAGCAUGUGAAAUAAAAGAAUGCUUCCUAAGAGACAAAACGGGUCAGAUUAUGCUUACCUUAUGGGACAAACUAGUGACUCUGGUAGAACUGAACAACACGUAUGAGUUUGAACAUAUGCAAACUAGAGCCUUCAGGGGUAUCCCAACAUUAACGUCUUCAAGGAGCACUAUCAUCAAACCAAUUCAGCAAAGCAAAGUAUUUCUUGCUGGUCAAGAACCAAAAGUCACAGAAGACCUUGACAUCCAGACUACGAAACUGAUAUCAAAACCACAGGGGGCAAAAAUCCAAAUCCACAAACUUUGUCCAAAAUGUCAUCAGUCACAGCAUAACUUCAAUCCAAAACAGCAAUUACAUAGAUGCACCACAUGUAAAGUUCUCAGACAAGGAAAGAAUUACCUGACAAAGUGCUCUGGAAUCAUUGAAUCAGGUCUUUUCUCUUACAAUAUCUAAUUCCAUUUUGUCCAAAUUCAUCAGAGCUGUAAUGGACUUGUCAACAACCGAUGCACAAGACAUUGAGGAAAUGCUUUUGUCAAGUGACGACAUUGUUUACAUACACCAACACACUUGAAAUAAUUGAACUACAAAAAGCUCCAACAGACAGUGAUGAUGAACUUCUGGACAUUACCUUUGACGACAGCUUAAGCCUCUCUCUCUUCACUGCAGAUGACAACACAUCGACUCAGUCACCAAAAAGACCAGCAG